AGCUCCAUUUUGAGCACUCCACUUUUAAGCCAAAAAUAGUAUACAUAAGUCAUAAGUACUUAAAAUCUUUAAACAAAGCAAAUUUUGCUUAAGAAAAAAAUAUAAUGGGUGGGCUUGAGCUCGAGCAUGGCGCUAAGAAUUACGGUUCUGCCACAACGAGACGUGGAUUAGCUGCGCUCGAUUUCGUCCUCAGAAUUAUUGCAAUUAUUGCAACGUUAGCAAGUGCAAUUGCUAUGGGAACAACAAACGAGUCACUUCCUUUUUUCACUCAGUUCAUUCGAUUUAGGGCUAAAUACAGCGAUCUCCCCACAUUCACAUUCUUUGUGGUGGCGAAUUCAAUUGUAAGCGCUUAUUUGGUGCUAUCUCUAGCGUUGUCGAUUUCCCAUAUCGUAAACGGAGGAGCAAAGAAGAGUAGAGUGGUCUUGAUUUUCUUCGACACGGGAAUGCUUGCACUUUUGACUGCCGGUGCUUCGGCUGCAGCAGCAAUAGUGUACUUAGCCCACAAGGGGAACACUCGUACGAACUGGUUUGCUAUUUGCCAGCAGUUUAAUUCGUUCUGCGAGCGAAUUUCCGGCUCUCUGAUUGGUUCAUUUGGAGCCGUGGUUGUUCUCAUUUUACUGAUCUUGCUCUCCGCUGCAACUCUCUCACGCCGUUGAUUUUUUUAUUUUUAAUUAUUAAUUGUAUUUUUUCGAACAAAAAAAAUUCUAAUGUUUUUAAGCAAUUGUUUCUUGAUAUUUGUAAUUGGUUCUACUUUUUUAUUUUAAAACUAGCGUUUCUUUCCGUACAAUGCAACGAAUAGCAUUUCAUAAUUAUAUAAACUUAAUUGUC